AUGAUCACCGAUCACCCUGAAGAGGUGGCAGAACCGGAAGAGGAGAGCAAUGUCGGCCACAUGGAGGAGGAGGCGCUGAAGCGGCGGCAGCGGAUUCAGGAGCUGCGGAACAAGCGCAAGCUGCCCGGCGAUGCGGUGGAAGCCCCGGCCACCUCCUCGGUUCAAGAGAAGACCAAAUUGUUGCCAAACUACACUCCGGCGGACGCCACGCUGAAGGACAGCACGCUGCCAUCGGGAAAGCCGGAGAACGUUGCUGAUCACAUUCAGGACGUGCUCGAGAGUGCCCACGAUGAGCCACAUGCCGAUGACAUUGAUCUAACAAAGCUGGCUCCGCGCAAGGUCGACUGGGAUCUGAAACGAAACAUCGCCAAAAAGCUGGAGAAACUGGAAAGGCGCACGCAGAUUGCAAUUGCCGAAUUAAUCAGAGAGCGUAUUCUCGCCAGUGGCAUUGAAAAUCUCGAUCAAGCCACCGAAGACUUGGAGUCGGCGAACCGAAAUCUCAAUGAAGACGUGGAUGACUGA